AUGUCUCAAGAUGAUCCUGUUGCCAUACCUCCUGUCCCUACUCUAGCAAGUUCAUCAAUGCCUGUAGAAUCUGAUGGUCUCACAGUGCCAACAACUCAAACUGCUACAGAUGGGGGUGAUGUAGAGGAUGGUAUUGAGGUUCUAUCAACACCGCAAGAGCCCUAUGUUGGCAUGACAUUUAGCACCCCGCAAGAUGCUAGGGUUUACUAUAAUAGGUAUGCUAGACACGCUGGUUUUUCCAUCAGAAUUGACACCUCCUGUAAAUCCAAAAAGGACAAUGACAAGAGGAAAGUUAUUUUUGUAUGCCAAAAAGCUGGUGUCAAUAAGAAGCAAAAACUUGAUGAGGAAGGACCGAUAACUAAGAAGAAGAUAGUGAGGCAAAGGCGCAGAGAUUAUGUUGAUAGGACUCGCUGUCCUGCACGCAUGAUUGUGAGAAAAACAGCCCCAUCUCAAUGGGAGGUCGUUCACUUUGAGCGGGAGCACAAUCAUGAGUAUGUGAAGAAGUUCUCUCUUACAAAGUACAUGAAGUCUCAUAGAGAGAUACCCGCUGAAGAGAAGGAGUUCAUAAAGUUUCUUCAUAGGUGCUGCAUAACAACUACGCGCGCUUACCAGAUAAUGGUUAAGUUGUAUGGUGGUAUUGAAGACUGUCCAUACACGGAAGGUGAUGCAAAAAAUUUGAGAGUGGAGUACCGUGCUGAGUAUCGAGGAAAGGACAUGAAAGCAACCCUUGAUCACUUUGAGGAACUGAAGAAAGAGGAUCCUGAUUUCAUUUACAGUUAUACCCUUGAUGAAUUUGAUAGGGUUGAGAAUCUAUUUUGGGUUGAUGGUGCAGCAAGGAAGUCAUAUGAGCUCUAUGGUAUUGACAGAAAUGGAAUAACUAUUCAGCUUGGUUGUGGCUUCACGAGGAAUGAAAAAACAGAAGCUUUUGUGUGGUUGUUUACUGAGUUCAAGAAGGCUAUGGGUGACAGAGAUCCUAUUAAUAUUAUCACUGAUCAAGAUUUGGCGAUGGAGGCUACGAUUGCUCAAGUUUUUACCACUUCAGUCCAUAGGAACUGUAGGUGGCACAUCGUGGAGAAUGCUAGGAAAAGAUUGGGGGCUUUCUUAGAUGGUAAACCAGGCUUGGCUGAUGAUUUCAAUGAUUGUGUUGACAAUAGCUUCUCAAUUGUAGAGUUUGAAUUCAAAUGGCAAGCUAUGCUGGAUAAACAUGAGAUCAAUGAUGAUGAAAGGUUCAAGCAUUUGUAUGAAAUGAGAAAUUGCUGGGUUCCGGCUUACUUCAUGAACAACUUCUUCCCCUUUCUACAAACAACAGCACGGAGUGAAGGAUUCAAUGCUGUCCUGAAGCGAUAUGUGAACCCAAUGAAUUCAAUACUAAACUUUGUUCACCAGUACAAGAAAAUACAUGAUAGAAUAUUCGGCAAACAAACAAUGCAUGAGGCUAAUACAACUGUCAAGGUUCCGCACUACUUGACUGGCCACCCCAUGGAAAGACAAAUGAAGCAAAUGUACACAAGGAAGUUGUUCAAUAUUUUCCAGGAUGAGCUACAGCUGAGUUCUAGCUACUAUAUUGUUCGAGUUGAAGGUGAUAGCUUACUUGAUGUUGUUCCAUAUGGGCGCUGUCCCGAUCUCUUAUAUGGGAAGAGAACAUUCAGGGUUUCGGCAAACAGUGUUGAUGGUUUGUAUAGCUGUGAUUGUUGCAAGUUUCAGAGGGACAGGGUUCUUUGCUGCCAUAUACUAAAGGUGUUUGAUGCACUUGCUGUCCGUGAGGUGCCAUGUCAUUACACUUUGCCUAGGUGGUCUGCUGAAAAGGUGAAUGAUGGUGACAAUGUGGAAGUUGCUGGUGAGCCGCUGCAGGCCACGCAAAUUUCAAACCUGGGGAGGCAUGCUGUCCGUUACCAUACAAUUUGCUCCAACUUUGCCCAGUUUGUAAGACCUUUCAUGGUUGAGGAUGAAAGUCACAACAUAGUUUUGAAACAUGUCGCUGCAAUGCAAACUGAACUUAAUGCACGCAAAAAUGGAGGGGUGGCGAGUUCUGCUUCACAAGUGCAGUCCAAUGUUGCGCAGGCUGGAAGCGUGGUUGGUGGAGGCCGGCGUGGCGGUGCUGAUUUGGGGGUUAAGGAUCCAGUUAUUACAAAAAGCAAAUUGCCCAUCCAAGCCUGCAAAGAAGCUUACGACGGAAUUGUAGAACAAAAAGACAUUGGUGCUGCAAACAUUUUAGAUGGCUCUAUCUGA